AAAUUGUGUUUUGUUUGAACAAGAAUGACUGAAGUAUGAUACUUCAACUAAUUUUUUUGGUUUUGUCAAUAUUUCGAACGUCAGUAUUUUCGGUCCGCACUUGUUACUUUUGUGCCGAUUUCAGUGAAAAUUGCGAGGCAAAUGACAAAUCGGACACUCCGAAUAAAAUGACUUGUGACACAUUUAAGGUAAACCGCGAACAUUCCAUGCUCGAGUAUUUCUUAGAGCCCAAUUUUCUCACCAAUUUCGAUAUUUACCACCUGUUUGGGCCGUCUCUGUCUCAGAAAAACGUCAAAAAGCUGUGCAUGAAAGUCAUUUAUGGGUACAAGGGACAUGUGGGGAUUUACCAAGACAACAAGACUUUUACAGCGUAUCAUGAAGUGAGGAAUUUAACGUUUCAGUCGUGUAUGUUUGAGCGGUUUGCGUACUAUAAAAACGCCUGUGAGUAUUUUCAAAAACGGAUGGGGAAGAAGCAUGAGAACACGACGUUUUUUGAGUUUUAUGACUGCAAAACCUGCAGAAGGCACGAAUGCAAUGGGGAAAAUGCGACAAACUUUCAGUGGAAUCUUGCUUUAAUGUGUCUUAUUUUUGUUUACUUAGUAGUGGCCGACUAAUAAAUUUUUAACGGUG